AUGGCGAAGUCCAAGAACGCGUCUCAGCACCACAACAGCCAGAAGGCUCACCGUAACGGUAUCAAGAAGCCCAAGACCAACCGUUACCCCUCCCUCAAGGGUGUUGACCCCAAGUUCCGCCGCAACCACAGACACGCUCUCCACGGUACCGCCAAGGCUCUGAAGGAGCGCAAGGAGGGCAAGCGCGAGAUCGCAUAA